ACAAACACACCACCACGACUCAUCCGCCUCGCCUCGCAUCGCACCGCACCGCAUCGCAUCGCACCGCGCUUUCUUUUGCACCGCUCGGGCUCCCACGGCCAACCAGCUAGCGAGCGAGCGGCGCGCACGGCAAAACUCGUACGUAGCACGCGGCGUGCGAGCGUUCAACGAGAGGAGGGGAGAGUGUGUGGUAGCUAGGGACGAUGCCGGGGGGCGUGGCGGCGGCGGCGGCCGGGGCGGGGUACUCGGGGUCGGUGAAGCUGAAGUACGUGAAGCUGGGGUAUCAGUACCUGGUGAACCACUUCCUGACGCUGCUGCUGGUGCCGGUGAUGGCGGCGACGGCGCUGGAGCUGGCGAGGAUGGGGCCCGGGGAGCUGCUGUCGCUGUGGCGGUCGCUGCAGCUGGACCUCGUGCACAUCCUCUGCUCGGCGUUCCUCGUCGUGUUCGUGGGGACGGUGUACUUCAUGUCGCGCCCCAGGCCGGUGUACCUCGUCGACUACUCCUGCUACAAGCCGCCGCCCAGCUGCCGGGUGCCGUUCGCCACCUUCAUGGAGCACACGCGCCUCAUCACCGACGACGAGAAGAGCGUGCGGUUCCAGACGAGGAUCCUCGAGCGGUCAGGGCUCGGGGAGGAGACCUGCCUCCCGCCGGCCAACCACUACAUCCCGCCCAACCCCAGCAUGGAGGCGUCGCGCGCCGAGGCGCAGCUCGUCAUCUUCUCCGCCAUCGACGACCUCGUCCGCCGCACCGGCCUCAAGCCCAAGGACAUCGACAUCCUCGUCGUCAACUGCAGUCUCUUCUCCCCGACCCCGUCGCUCUCCGCCAUGAUCAUCAAUAAGUACAAGCUCCGUAGCAACAUCCGUAGCUUCAACCUCUCCGGCAUGGGCUGCAGCGCGGGACUCAUCUCCCUCGACCUCGCCCGCGACAUGCUCCAGGUGCAUCCCAACUCGAACGCGCUGGUGGUGUCGACGGAGAUCAUCACGCCCAACUUCUACUGGGGCACCCGGCGGGACAUGAUGCUGCCCAACUGCUUGUUCCGGAUGGGCGCGGCGGCGAUCCUGCUGUCGAACAGGAGGAGGGAGGCGAGGCGGGCCAAGUACAGGCUGAUGCACGUCGUCCGUACACACAAGGGAGCCGACGACCGCGCGUACCGGUGCGUGUACGAGGAGGAGGACGAGCAGGGGCACUCGGGGAUCUCGCUGUCCAAGGAGCUGAUGGCCAUCGCCGGCGACGCGCUCAAGUCCAACAUCACGACCAUCGGCCCGCUGGUGCUUCCCAUGUCGGAGCAGCUGCUCUUCUUCUUCCGCCUCGUCGGGCGCAAGCUCAUCAACAAGAAGUGGAAGCCGUACAUCCCGGACUUCAAGCUGGCGUUCGAGCACUUCUGCAUCCACGCCGGGGGCCGCGCCGUCAUCGACGAGCUGCAGAAGAACCUGGACCUGUCCGCGCAGCACGUGGAGGCGUCCCGCAUGACGCUCCACAGGUUCGGCAACACCUCCAGCAGCUCCCUCUGGUACGAGCUCGCCUACAUCGAGGCCAAGGGGCGCAUGCGCCGCGGCGACCGCGUCUGGCAGAUCGGCUUCGGCAGCGGCUUCAAGUGCAACAGCGCCGUCUGGAAGUGCCUCCGCACCGUCAAGGCGCCCACCGGCGGCCCGUGGGACGACUGCAUCCACCGCUACCCCGUCGACAUCCCGGAGGUCGUCAAGCUGUGAUCGAUGCUAGCCUCGUCUCGCCGGCCUCCGGCCGCCGCCUUACCACUACACCUGUACGUCCCCAGCGAAGCGUGCGUCCUCAAACUUUGGAGCUUCUUCUUUGUGGUGUUUUCUUCUUGCACCUUUCCUCCUCCCUCCCUCUCUAUUUUUUUUCCUCGUCUUUCCUUUUAUUUUUUUCGCUAUAAACACGGGUUAAAUCGAUAUACUUUGUCGGAUGUGUCACAUAAGGAAUGAUCAUUCACAGGAGAUUUAUUAU